ACGUCACCGAGGACAUAAGCUGAGGCUAUUGCUUUGCUAUAUAUAAUCCGUAUCAGCGUGGCUGUUGCUCUGUUCUUUUUCAUGUUGCAAGCGGUUCUAAAUUCGACAAGCUUUUGAGAAAUGGCAACGGCAGCAGCAAUUAGAUUCUUUGAAUUGAAUACAGGAGCCAAAAUCCCGUCGUUUGGGUUUGGAACGUGGCAGUCUGCUCCUGGUGUAGUCGCAGACGCCGUUACCACCGCCGUUAAGGCGGGAUAUCGUCACAUCGAUUGUGCUUCGGCUUAUGGCAAUGAGAAGGAGAUUGGUGAUGCGCUGAAGAAACUGUUUGCUGAAAGUGUAGUGAAGCGUGAAGAUUUAUGGAUCACCUCCAAACUCUGGUGUACAAAUCAUGCUCCAGAAGAUGUACCCAAGGCAUUGGAUCAAACUUUACAAGACUUGCAACUUGACUACCUCGAUCUAUAUCUGAUCCACUGGCCGGUUAGCAUGAAAAAGGACUCAGUUGGGUUCAAGCCUGAAAACCUUAGCCAACCUAAUAUACCAAAUACAUGGAAAGCAAUGGAGGGGUUAUAUGAUUCUGGUAAGGCUCGAGCUAUCGGAGUGAGUAAUUUCUCUUCGAAGAAACUUGGGGAUCUGUUGGAAGUAGCACGUGUGCCUCCUGCCGUUAAUCAAGUGGAGUGCCAUCCCUCGUGGCAGCAGCAAAAGUUCCAUGCAUUCUGUAAAUCCAAAGGAGUUCACCUAACUGGGUACUCGCCACUGGGCUCCCCAGGUACAGGAUUUAUCAAGAGUGAUGUUCUCAAGAAUCCGAUUAUCAUUAUGGUAGCAGAGAAAAUAGGCAAGACUCCAGCACAAGUGGCUCUUCGCUGGGGACUCCAGAUGGGUCAUAGUGUGAUUCCCAAGAGUACAAAUGAGGCAAGGAUCAAGGAGAACUUAGAUGUUUUUGACUGGUCUAUACCUGAAGACUUGUUUGUCAAGUUUACUGAAAUUCAGCAGGGGAGGCUAAUUAAGGGUACUGCAUUUGUGCAUGAGACUCUGGGUGGAUACAAGACUGUUGAAGAACUGUGGGAUGGCGAAUUAUGAAGAAACACUGGAUUCUUCAAAAUGUGGGAUUUGAGCCACAUUUUACUAAUUAAACGUCUUAGACCUUCUGGAACUCUUGAAUAAAAUUGACUCUCCCUCUGAAACUCAAAAGAGUAAAACAGUAAAAGAGCUUUGUUGAGCAUCUGAGAGAGAUAAACUAAGUUGUGUGGUGAUUUUGCA